CAGAGAGCUAUUAAUAAAGGUUUGACUGCAAGCAGAUGGACAGCAAAGAAGAAUCACUGUGCCUGUCACUGAUAAUAACUGUCCAGAUUGUUGUGGUUGUGAUACUCUUGUUACUCUCAACUCUGAUAGACUUACUCAAAAGAGUAAAGAUAGUUUCAAAUGUAAUCAUCCCAGCAUUAGAAAAUCCUAAAGUAUUAGGAACCUUAACACUGACAGUCAUUGUGGUUCACAAAUUUUCAACCCCUCCAACAACUACUGUACUGGUUGUCGUUAUUGCAACACUUUGGUUGCAUUGGCUGUCAGUCACCAUAGGACCAAAUCAGACCUGCACUGAUUCAAAGGCAGAAGGUAAACGACUGGCUGUUGUUGUUAAAGAACAAAGCACUCUUCUGCCAUCACAAAAUGGUUGCUUACCGCUUUACAAAAUUCCACCAGAAGAAAAACAAAUUGACAUUAAAGGCUGCAAAAGUUUCACUUUUGGAGAGAAAUCCAGGAACUGUAAUCGAAACAUCAUGGUCCUUGGAGCCUCAGGUGCUGGGAAGUCCACUGUCAUCAAUGCGAUGGUAAAUUACGUUCUAGGCGUUAGAUGGGAAGACUCGUUUCGGUUUAAGUUAGUGGAUGAAGGCCAGUCAAAGUCAAAAGUUCAAGGUCAGACUUCAGAAAUCACGCUGUACAAACUCUACCACCAGGAGGGUUUCAGAGUGAAUUACUCUCUGACUAUUGUUGACACUCCAGGCUUUGGAGGCAAUGGAGGUAUAGACAGAGACAAGGAGAUCACAGAGCAGCUGCGUGACCUCUUUACUAAUCAGGAAGGUGUCGGUGAAAUUGAUGCCGUGUGUUUUGUUGUUCAGGCUGCUAUAACUGAACUGACAUCAACACAGAGAUACGUGUUUGAUUCAGCCCUGUCAAUCUUUGGCAAAGAUGUGGCAGAAAACAUCAGAGUUCUGGUGACGUAUGCAGAUGAGCAGCAGCUACCAGUUCUAGAAGCCAUCAAAGUGUCUGGUGUCCCAUUUCCUCAAAGCAAUGACGGGCUACCGUUUCACUUCAUAUUUAAUAACUCAGUGCUGUUUGCUUCCAACAAAUUCUCAGCAAUAAGACGCACGAUUGGGCUUAAUAAGAAAACCUUUGAGUUUUGGAAGAUGGGCACAAAGAGCAUGGCCAGUUUCUUUGAUAGUCUAACUGACAUCAGAACCAUAAGACUGACAAUGACCAAAGAGGUCAUGGAAGAAAGAAAACAGCUGGAAAAUGUCGCUGAGGAGCUACAGAAGAAGGUUAAACUAGGCUUAGCCGAACUUGAGGAAAUAAGAAUGACAAAGGAAAAACUACAAGAGCACGAAGCAGAGAUCAGACAGAAUGAGAACUUUGAGUUUCACAUUAGCAUGACAAAAACCGAACAAGUAGAUAUUUCUCACACUGAGCAGUACAUCACCAACUGUCUGCAGUGUCAUGAUGAUGUAGUGAAACUGAUUGCAGAGGCUGCAAAGUGUCUGAACAGACUGAAGGAAAUAGUUCUCAACCCAAAACCCCUUACCACUCCAGAAUAUAUCAACAUGCUGAUGAAAGGAGAGGAACAGGAGGCCAAACCAGGCUGGAAGGAAAGACUUCAGUCUCUGGAGAAAAUGAAAGAAAAGGCAGAUAUCAUAGCUAAAGUAGAGAAGGGAGAGAAACUUCUGGCCUAUCAGUAA